AUGAAUUUCGUGCUAGUGCUUAGUUUGGUGCUAGGAGAGGCGCUAUGUUGGUCAAAAGCGGGCAUCUACAUCGACAACGGCCUCAACCAGACCGUCAUCGACCGCGAGAUGACCACCAGCGAGAAGCAGGAGAUGGAGAUGGAGAUCCUGAACCUGCUGGGCCUCCCCGAGCGCCCCAAGCGGGUCUCCAACUCGCUGAAGCGGUCGGCCCCCAAGUUCCUCCUGGACAUCUACAAGUCGCUGAUGGAGGAGGAGAACGAGGGCCACUCCAGGAGCGAGCGCAGCGCUGACUUGAACCUCAGUGGAGACGAGCAGAAUGCGAUCGACGAGAGCGACGUUAUUAUGACUUUUGAGAGCAUAAACCACCACGUGAGCAGCGUGCGGCACGAAAGAGGCAAAAGGCUGUGGUUUAACGUUUCGGAAAUGCCGAUUGCCGAAAAUGUGGUCGGAGCUGAGCUCCGGAUUUAUCAGAAGGAAAUUCAUUCGCCUAAAAAGGCCAGAAAUGUGUAUACUGUUACAGUGUUUGAACUUGUCAACACAGAUUCGGGUGAGAGAGAACUGGAGUACAUUUCUGCAGUAAAUACAACAGGUAGUUUCACCGGGUGGUUAAAUCUGAAUUUAACGGCUUGUUUGCCGACUUGGGUGGCUUUCCCCGAUUCCAAUAAGGGUCUCUACCUGUCGGUACAUCCGGUCGAUAAGCCAGGACGCGAAAUAAGGCCCGAAGACAUCGGCCUAAUCACCGUCAAGGGCGAGGAUGAGACGCAGCCCUUCAUGGUGGCCUUCCUCAAGGCCAGUAACCACGUCCAACCCAAACGAAGUAUUCGCGAUUUGAGCUCAAAACGUCGCGUCCGAAAAUCAAACUACGUGGAGAUGAUGCUAAGCGACAACCCUCAUUACGGCUCCACUUGCAAAAUGUACGACCUCUACAUCAGCUUCAAGGACUUGAAGUGGCAGGAUUGGAUUAUUGCACCUGCCGGCUAUUCGGCCCAUUAUUGUGCCGGCGAAUGCAAAUUUCCACUCAACGGCCAUAUGAACGCCACCAACCACGCAAUCGUCCAGACUUUGGUCCACUUGAUGUACCCCAACAAGUAUCCAAAGCCGUGCUGUGCGCCAACAAAACUGACACCAAUCUCGGUGCUCUAUUUCCAGGACGAUACUAACGUUAUACUCAAAAAGUACAAGAAAAUGUCAGUCAAGAGCUGCGGGUGCCAUUAA